AUGGCUGCCAAGCUCGUCCGCUCGUCGAGCCUCCUCCUCCUCGCCAUGGCGUUGUGGACGUCGUCAUGCGUGCUUCUGCCGGCGGCCAUGGCUGAUCACACCGUGCAGCCGGCGUCAGUGUCGUCGGCGCAGCUGAGCAUAGGCCCGACCACCACCGCCACGCUGCCAGCUGCAUCGUCGCCGUCAUCCGCCGCCGCAGGAGCAGCGGCGCUCCAACCGGGGACACCUGCAGCGGCGGCGUCUGAAACCGCAACAGCCGCCGCCGGCGCCACGACUCCAAAGAAGUUCCCGCUGCCGGGCGCCGGGGCCGGCGCCGGCGGCGAGCCGUACCUGCCGACACCGCAUGGCGGCGGCGAGCCGUACCUGCCUGCGGUGGAGGUGGCGGGGGCGCUGCCAGUGCCGACGCCCGACGAGCUGCCUAGCGGGGCCAGCCUCGGGUUCGGCAGCAACGGGGGCCUCGGCUUCGGCGGCCCCGGCGACGAGUGCUGCGGCGGCGGAGGAUACGGCUGGUUCGGCGGGCCUGGCGGGUUUGGACCCGGAACGUAUGGAUACAGUGGGCCCCUCUACUGGGGGGCGGCGGCGGCGGCGGCAGGGCUUGGGCGCGUCACCAACGUCGUGCUGCCUCUCGUGGUGGCUUAUGUUUAUGCAGCCAUUUUCGCUUAG